CAGAUAGGUCCAUCCUCCCCGUCUUCUCUCGUUGUUGCGCAUAGCCAGUGUCUGUCUAGCUUAGAUCGACCUCCUCGAUCCUUUGCCAUCCAUCCUCCAGGGCAAGCCGAUCCCGUGCAUUUGAUGAUCUACGAGCUCCAUCCACCCAAAAUUAGCUAAGCUAGUGCAUCGAUCCUGCAACCUAUGGAGGCGGCUCUUAUGAGUGCAGCGACAGGGGCCCUACAACCCAUCUUGGGGAAACUGGCCACCCUGCUUGGCGACGAGUACACACAUUUCAAGGGUCUGCGCAAGGAGAUCAAGUCCCUAACUGGUGAACUCGCCGCCAUGGAGGCCUUUCUCCUCAAGAUGUCCGAGGAGGAGGAUCCAGAUGUGCAGGAUAAAGUCUGGAUGAAUGAGGUGCGGGAGCUUUCUUACGACAUGGAGGAUGUCAUCGACGACUUCAUGCAAAGCGUCGGUGACAAAGAUGAAAAGAAAGACGGCUUCUUGGCAAGAAUGAAGAACUCGUUGGGGAAGAUGAAGGCUCGUCAUCGGAUUGGUAACGAGAUCCAAGAUUUGAAAAAACAGAUUAUCGAGGUCGGUGAGAGGAGUGCAAGGUACAGGAGUCGUGAGGGCUUCUCCAAUACUGCCAAUGCGUCCAUUGACCCUAGAGCUCUUGCUAUCUUCGAGCAUGCAUCAAAGCUCGUUGGAAUUGAUGAACCCAAGGCCGAAAUAAUCAAACUGUUGACUGAAGAGAACUUUCGUGCACCAGUGAAACAACAACAACCGAAAAUAAUAACCAUUGUUGGACCGGGAGGUAUGGGCAAGACAACUAUUGCAAACCAAGUAUAUCAAGAGCUGAAAGGCCAAUUCAUGUGUCAGGCUUUCAUAUCGGUGUCACGAAAUCCAGACAUGAUGAAUAUCUUGAUAACCAUUCUCAGUCAACUGGACAAGAAUGGUUUUGUCGACACAAAAGCAGGGAGCAUACAACAACUCCUUUCCAAUAUCUCCAACUUUCUUGUAGACAGGAGCUACUUUGUCGUUAUUGAUGAUAUAUGGAAGAAGGAAGCAUGGGAUGUUAUUAAGUAUGCAUUCCCCAUGACCAGUUGUGGCAUAAUAAUAACCACUACUCGUAUAAAAGAUGUUGCAAAUUCAUGCCAGUUGACAUUCAGUGGCCAUAUUUACAAUAUAAGGCCUCUUCAUAUUGUUCACUCAAGGGAGUUAUUUCAAAGAAGACUAUUCAACUCCAAAGAAGAUCUCCCUACAUACCUUGAAAAAGUUUCUGAUGAAAUUUUGAAAAAAUGUGAUGGAUUACCUUUGGCAAUCAUUGCUAUAUCUGGUUUGUUGGCUAACAUAGAAAGAACAGAAGACAUAUGGAAUCAAGUGAAAGAUUCCAUUGGUCAUGCCCUCGAAAGAAAUCCUACUAUUGAAGGAAUGAUGAAGAUAUUGUCACUUAGUUACUUUGAUCUACCUCCUCAUCUAAAGACUUGUCUCUUAUAUCUGAGUAUAUUUUCGGAAGAUUCUUCUAUUAAGAAGAAUGAUCUGAUAAGGAGGUGGAUAGGUGAAGAAUUCAUUCAUAAUGAGGGCAGAUAUACAGCACAUGAGAUCGGAGAGAGGUGUUUUCAUGAGCUUCUCAACAGAGGUUUGAUCCAGCCAGGGAUGACCGAUAAAUAUGGUAAGGUGAAGAGUUGUCGAGUUCAUGACACGAUUCUUGAUUUCAUCAUAUCCAAGUCUAUCGAAGAGAACUUCAUUACUUCACUUGGUGUCCCCGUUCUGACAAAUGGGAUACAAAAUAAAGUUGUCCGUCGUCUCUCUCUACACAGCAAUCAAGGAAAUUCAGCAAUAACAACAUCAGGUUUGGUGUUUUCUCAUGUCCGAUCACUUAAUGUGUUUGGAAAUUCUGCUAGAAUCCCUUCAUUGGAGCAGUUCAGACAUUUGCGUGUUCUCGACUUGAAGCAUUGCCACCAACUGGAGGAUGAUAAUCUUGGAAAUAUAGUAAGGCUGCUCCAGCUGAGGUACCUGAACCUUAAGAGUACACGAAUAUGUGGGCUCCCGGAACAAAUGGGGCGUCUAGGGUGCUUAGUGGUGCUUGAUCUAAGAGGAAAUCAUAUGAUGAAGGAAUUACCUACAUCUAUUAUUAAUCUUGGAAAAUUAUCUCAUCUACUUGUCGACAAUCAUGUUAAGUUUCCGGAUGGGAUUGCGAAGAUGCAAGCACUAGAGACAUUGAAAGAUGUUGCCUUCUCUGUGCAGCCUAUGGACUUCCUAUGGGGCCUUGGCCAGUUGAAGAAUUUGAAGAAUCUAUCCCUUGACCUUGAUUUCGAAGAUGCCCUUUUCAACGGGUAUCCAAUUGUUGUUCGGCAGGAGCGCAACAAAGCUAUCGUCUCUUCGUUGUGUAAGCUAGGCACGCAGAAUCUUCGCUCAAUGGAUUGGAUAAGCUUCAUACAGGAACCUUUGUGUGUGCCUGCCAUUGAGAAACUUAUCAACUUCUAUUUGGCCACCCCUCAGAUUCCGAAAUGGGUGAGCUCCCUCACAAACCUCCAACAGCUACACCUUCUAGCAGAGGAAGUCAACCAGGAUCAUCUCUGCAUCCUUGGAUCCUUACCCACUCUGCUCAUUUUGCAUCUCUCGGGAGAGCCAAAUGGAAAGCUUAGAAUCUGCGGUGAAGUUGGGUUCCAAUUCCUGAGGAUUUUUAAGCUUAGUGCAGGUUAUGACCCGGUAGAUCUGUUGUUUGAGGCUGGAUCCAUGCCGAAGCUAGAGAAACUCAUGUUCAAUUCUGUGUGCGGAGUUGAACCUGACUCUUUGGACUUUGGAAUCGAGAACCUACCCUUACUCAGUACAUUCAGAUAUGAAGUAUUUGGUAACGAUAACAUUGUUAGGGCUGUAAGAACUGCCAUGGAGAGAGCAGCAAGUGCACAUCCCAACCACCCUAGUCUACUCUUCAGGAGACUUGGCACAUAUAAUAAUUCUUGAAUGCCCGCCUUUGAUUAAGCAAGCCAAGAACCAGGAACGGUGGAGUAGCCGCUGCUCGUUGCCUGGCUGAUCGAUUCUCAAGUUUAAGAGAGUUUAGCUCGAUUCUUCUGUCUUUAUGAUAAACCAGUGCAGUGUAUCCUCUCUGUUGGAUGAUGUAUGAUGUAUGACAUUCAUGUAAUUAGUUGAAAAUAUGUGCAGUCCGUGUGAUACACGAUUGUUGAAUUUGUGCUUGGAAGCAUUUUCUGUAUGAUUGUGAUUCCCUGAGUGUGAACAAAGUUUUCUACAUUGAUUGUACCA